AUGGAAAUCCAUUUUUCCAUUGUCCUUUUUCUGCAAACAGAUCUUUAAAAAAACAUGGAGAAAAGAAACUACACCACUGUCACUGAAUUCAUCCUAUUGGGCCUCUCUAGCCAGCCAGAGAAGCAAGAACUCAUCUUUGCAUUAUUCCUGGUCAUGUACCUGAUUGGAGCAGCAGGGAAUCUACUCAUCGUCCUGGCCAUCAGCUUAGACUCCCAUCUCCAUACUCCCAUGUACUUCUUCCUCAGCAACCUGUCCCUUGUAGAUUUUUGUUUUACCUCUGCCACAGUCCCCAAGAUGUUACUAAACAUCCACACACAGACUAAAUCUAUUUCCCGUGAAGGCUGUCUGACCCAAAUCUAUUUCUGCAUCUUGCUUGCAAAUAUGGAUAAUUUUCUCUUGACUGCAAUGGCAUAUGACCGCUAUGUGGCCAUCUGCUACCCACUCCAGUACACCACUAUGAUGAGCUUACAGCUCUGUUUUCUGAUGCUGGCUGGCUCCUGGCUCAUUGCUAAUUUUCACUCUCUUCUGCAUACUCUUCUUAUGGCUCGUUUGGACUUUUGUGCCAAGAAUGUCAUUCCAUACUUCUUCUGUGAUCUUGUUCCUCUCCUUCAGCUUUCUUGCUCUGACACACAACUCAACCAACUCAUGAUCUUGCUGGUGGGUGGAUUGAUUGUUCUCAUUCCCUUCCUUUGCAUUCUUGUCUCCUAUAUUCACAUAGUGUCUGCUGUGCUAAAGGUUCCAUCUGCCAAGGGCAAACAGAAGGCUUUCUCCACCUGUGGCUCCCACCUCACUGUGGUUAUUCUGUUCUAUGGAACCAUCACUGGGGUCUACUUGAAUCCAUCAUCAUCUCACUCUACGGAAAAGGAAUCAGUGGCUUCAGUAAUGUAUAUGGUGGUGACUCCCAUGCUAAAUCCCUUCAUCUACUGCCUAAGGAACAAUGAGAUAAAGAGGGCCCUGAGGAAAAUGUUCAACAGACAGAACUUCUCACACAGUCUAUGA